GUUAGUUCUCGUGGUCACGAGUUAUGCCCUUAUAUGUACAUAGAGCAACAUACAUGUAUAUAUAUAUAUAUAAAUAUCUCUACCAGCCACAGCGUCUUCGUCUUGAAGCCGUCACUUUGAGCACAUCUUCAUCUUAACUAAGGACAAAGGUUAUAAAUCUGCAAGUAUGGUUAUCAAAAAGAUUCAUGGUCGCCAAAUCUUUGAUAGCCGUGGUAACCCCACGGUUGAAGUUGAUUUGUGGACUGACAAAGGAAUGUUCCGUGCUGCUGUCCCUAGCGGUGCAUCUACUGGUAUCCAUGAGGCUUUAGAAAUGAGAGACAAAGAUAGUAAAAACUAUCAUGGGAAGAGUGUUUUUAAUGCCGUUGGCAAUGUGAAUAAGAUUAUUGCAAAAGAACUUGCGGCCAAGAACAUGGACGAGAAAGAUCAAGUUGCUGUUGAUGAAUUUUUGAUUGGUCUGGAUGGAACUGAAAAUAAAAGUAAGCUCGGUGCCAAUGCCAUUCUUGGUGUUUCCCUUGCUGUCUGCAAGGCUGGAGCUGCUGCAAAGGGUGUUCCACUGUACCGCCAUAUUGCUGAUUUGGCUGGUAACAAAGAUGUUAUUCUUCCAGUCCCUGCCUUUAAUGUCAUCAAUGGUGGUAGCCACGCUGGUAAUAAACUGGCCAUGCAAGAGUUCAUGAUUCUCCCAACCGGUGCUAAAUCUUUCACUGAAGCUAUGAAAAUGGGUACAGAGAUUUAUCAUCAUCUCAAGUCUGUCAUUAAGAAAAAAUACGGACAAGAUGCCUGCAAUUUAACUUCUGAUGAACUGGCCAAUCUCUAUAAGGGUUUCGUCAAGGAUUACCCUGUAACUUCAAUUGAGGAUCCAUUUGACCAAGAUGAUUGGGAAGCUUACUCUAAGUUUACUGGAGAAAUGUCAAUCCAGAUUGUUGGAGAUGAUCUGUUGGUCACCAAUCCCAAGAGAGUUCAGAAGGGAAUUGAUAUUAAGGCUGCUAAUGCCUUACUACUUAAAGUUAACCAGAUUGGUUCAGUUACUGAGUCCAUCAAGGCCUGCAAGAUGUCUCAAGAUGCAGGAUGGGGUGUGAUGGUUUCUCACCGCAGCGGUGAGACUGAAGAUACUUUCAUUGCUGAUUUGGUUGUUGGUCUUUGCACUGGACAGAUCAAAACUGGAGCUCCCUGCCGAUCAGAACGUCUGGCAAAAUACAACCAAAUUCUGCGUAUUGAAGAAGAGCUGGGUUCCAAAGCCAAAUUUGCUGGCAAAAACUUCCGCAACCCUAAAUAAUUCCUCUCUUUUUCCAUCAUUCUGUUGACCCUGAUUUAAAAAGAACAGGUCAAUUUUUUCUGUAUCUUGUAAAUUUAAUUUGUAAUAUCUGUAUAACCAGAAUAUAUACAUCUUUUAGAACUCAUGUAAUGCACGGGUACUAAUAAAAGUACAGAUAAUAAUAAUAAUCGGAA